AUGGAUCGGCGGAGAACAGGGAGCCCCGUGUACUCCCGGCAGUGGAGCGGCGGGUCUAGCAGCACCGGCUCCUCCUCGCCGGCCAUGUCCCCGGCCCACCCCAACUCCCGCUUCCCCCACUCUCACUCCACCAUCAAGCGCACCCAGAACGUCGCCGCCAAGGCCGCCGCCCAGCGCCUCGCCCAGGUCAUGGCCUCCCAGUCCGUCUCCGGCGACGACGACGACGACGACGACGACGACGGCGGCGGCGGGGACCUCGGCCUCCGCUUCCGAGCUCCCCCGCCUCCCGCCCCCUACUCCAGCAGCAACGCCUCCUUACCCGCGAUUUCCGUCGCCAGGCCCAAUAGAUCUCCUUCCCCUGCCUUAGGUCGGAACUUUGUGGAUCACGCCGCAUCGGUCAGGUCCACUUCAGCCGGAAGGCCGUCCAUGUCCGUUCGUUCCUCUCCAUUGGUGCCGCCUAGCAAACCGACCCUCAGGACUCCCGUUUCCGUCCCUCCUAUCGAGCCUCCUACCAGAAUUAACAGGGAGAGUCUAAGGUUUGCUCCUAAUGUGGGACAAAAGAACUUAAAGGACACGGGAGAUCAGCGUGAAGCUUCUGCUCUUCGAGACGAACUCGAUAUGUUACAGGAAGAAAAUGAAGUGAUAGUCGACAAGCUACGACAUGCUGAAGAGAGACGUGAGGAAGCAGAGGCCAGAGCUAGGGAACUUGAGAAACAGGUUGCUGCCUUGGGUGAGGGUGUAUCUCUUGAAGCUAAACUAUUGAGCAGGAAAGAAGCAGCAUUAAAACAAAGAGAGGCUGCACUCAAGGCUGCAAAGCAGACAAAGGACGGAAGAGAUGAGGAUAUUGCAUCCCUUCGUUCAGAAAUAGAGAGCUUAAAAGAUGACGCGGCAGCAUCUGUCCAACAACUCCGAGAAGCAGAAUCCGAGGCCAAGGCUUUACGUUCAAUGACUCACAGGAUGGUUUUGACUCAAGAAGAGAUGGAGGAAGUUGUCCUGAAAAGGUGUUGGCUAGCUCGAUAUUGGGGUUUAGCAGUGCAGCAUGGUGUUUGUCCUGAUAUAGCAGCAUCAAAGCAUGAGCAUUGGUCGUCUCUUGCCCCUCUUCCAUUUGAAGUCGUCAUUUCUGCAGGACAAAAGGCUAAGGAGUCUUGGAAUGAAAGAGGCAGCGAUCAAGAAAGGAGUAAGCAUGUACGAGAUUUGAGUGAUCUAACUGGAGAAGGGAAUAUUGAGAGCAUGCUAUCUGUUGAAAUGGCUUUGCGUGAACUUGCUUCUUUAAAGGUUGAGGAUGCAGUCGUUCUUGCACUGGCACGGCACCGACGACCAAAUUUGGUUCGUUCCGAUUCAAAAUCGAAUGUUGAUCCCAAGUUUAUUGAGGCUUAUGAACUAAGCGACGAAGAGGCUGAGGAUGUUCUUUUCAAAGAAGCUUGGCUUACAUAUUUUUGGAGAAGAGCGUUGACACAUUGUGUUGAGGAGGAUAUUGCGGAAGAAAGGCUUCAGUUUUGGAUCAGCCGUAGUGGGCAGUCACCAACCUCACAAGAUGCUGUAGAUGUUGAACGGGGACUGUUGGAGCUUAGAAAACUGGGCAUAGAGCAGCAACUUUGGGAAGCAUCUCGCAAAGAAAUCGACAAUCCCUCUUCUCUCUCAGCAGGCAACCACAACCAUGGAACAGACUCAGAUAUCUCUCAUGAGUAAUGUCAUGGGUUCUUAUGAUCCACUUGUCAAUUAGUUUUUCAUUUGUUGUUGAUUUAUAGUUCUUUCGAGUUCAGCUUUCUUUUGUUUAUAUUGCUUCGCCACAUGAAGUGCCAUUCUUGUGUAACUGCAAGAUAUUCGAAUUUUGUAAUAUCUAGAGCUGUGAGAACUGUACAAUACCGACAGAGAAUUCAUUGUAAGAUGUGAAAGCUUUCUUUGGAGGCUGUUGGGUUCUGCAUCGUUGAUGUAAAUAAAAGUAUUUUGUCCCUCAUUAUU